AUGACUCAUUUAUCAUCACCACAUACUGAAGAACGUGAAAAUGAAUACACGAAUGCAUUACAAAAUGCGAAUAAUCAUUUCAAACAAGAAAAUUAUUCUAAUAAAAUAGAUACUAUUCAUUUUAAUACUUCAUUAAAAGAAACAACUAAAGAAUUCAAUCAAUAUCAAACAAUGUUUUAUGCUGACCAAAAACUAUUAAUAAAUCGAUCACUAGAUAAUUUUACAAGAAAAUCAAUAAACCCAUAUUUCAAUGCAUCAUUGAGUUCUCAGUUUCUUCAUCAAACAUCGUUUAAACGUAUAGCGAGACGAUUAUAUUAUUCAGAUAUAUCAUUGAGCAUGAUAUCAAAAUAUCAAACUAAACAAAAUAUGAAUUCCUCAAUAAAAUUACUUUUAAGAUCAAUGGAUAAUAAAAAUAAUUCCUCAUCAAAACUAGUAAUUGAAUAUGAAUCAAUUUUAAAUAAACAGAAUUCUUUAAGUUCGCUAAAAAGCGAUUCUAAAGACAAAGAAGAAUCAGCUAUAAUUGAAAUUGAACAUCAAUCUUAUAAUUCAAUAAUAUCAUCAAUAGAUUUGAGUAAACCUCUUGAAAAAUCAUAUUCAUCACCAUUACCUAUAAAUGCGAAGCAUUUCUAUAAUAAUAAUAAUUUGCAAAGUGCACAUUUUAUUGAUCAAUAUAGCGAAGAUCGCAGUGAAUUAUCCUUAGAUUCAUCUAUGAAUGAAAUUGAAAAUAAUCAAUCGAUAAAAAAUAUCUAUUCUUACGAUAAUAAUAUCGAAAAUAAUAUUAGAAAGAAAACUGUUCAACGACGUUGGAGUUUACUCGAUAUUUGGAAAACAACAAUAAAUAAAUUACCACCAAUUGUAAACUGCAUUUGGCGACAACAAUUACAUCGCACGGGUUCAAGAGAAUUUCUACUUGAAUACGAUCAAGCAUCACCAAUGAACAAUAAUCAAACCAGUCGUGUACAAGAACAGCGUUAUGUUGAACAAGAACGUUCAAUCAAUACUCAUUUUGGUCUUGCUCUACUUGCUCUAUUGAUUUUUCCACCGAUUGGUAUAGUAUCUAUUAUUCUAAGUAUAUGGUCAUUAUGUGGUCAACAGGAUCGACAUUUAUCUCGCAAAUUGGGCAAUGCUGCUUAUUGGAUUUCUUUAUUAGCAAUAUGUUUUUCAUUUUUCUUACUUGUAACUCUAUUUACAUAUUUUACUUAUCAAUAUUUAAUUAAUAGGCCAAUCAGAACUAAAUAA